AUGUCUGGCGAUUCUGAUGAGCUCUGUGCUACAAUUGCCGGAAAUCUCAAGAAAAGAACAAUAAUUCCACUUUAUAGCUCCUUCGGAGAAAAUCUUGCCACAGAGCGUGUAUCAUUACUUCAUAAGAAUAAUGUUAAUGAAGAUUCCUCCAUCUCUGUAAUUCGCACCCACACAUGGCACAUUGGGACCACGGAAAACAGUGUUCUUUUCGAUACAGUAUCUUUUACAGGAUCCCAGCUGCAUGUUAUGAUUGCUUUGUCCGAAACUUAUCCAAAUGCUGUCAAGAUUAUAGAACAUAAAAUAGAUAACCGGAAACAUCUCGAACUUGUUCUUAGUAACAAUCUUGAUGUUGCUCAAGCAUGCCAGGAUGGUUUCGAAUUUCAAUCAAAAAGAGUGAUUGGAAUGCAAGCAAUGAGUCAUGAAGCCAAGAUUAUCAAACUCAACCUCUUUAAUUUGCCGUGCUUUGAUAUGGAUGAGCUUUUGGUUGUUUUACAGACAAAUUUGUCCAGAUUCGGAAAUGUUUUGGACGCAGGCAUUUAUCAAGAACCAAAGUACAAAACUUACAUGGGCACUGGGUUUGCAGUGCUAGACCUUCAACAAAAUGAUUCUUCUCGACUUCAACCAUUCAGCCCAUUGACUCGUACUAUUACAUUCCCUCCGGACCCUCACCUUAUUAGUGUUACUUGGAAUACCAUAUCUGAAGACUGUAUCUACUGUCAUAAAGCUAGUCAUACCCGCAUUAACUGUCCUAUUCAACAACAAAAAAGCUUAUUCUGCUGGAAUUGCAUGAAGAGGGGGCAUUUACCAAAAGAUUGUUGUGUCAAGCCAGCUGAGGAUGCAGAGAGCAUGAAACAUGAUGCAAGAAUGAAAGCGAACACUACGACAAAUAGGGGCGGUUUUUUGUAUUUGUGA